AGGACGGUUGACAACAACUUUUUGUCAAUCGACUCGACGACUAUAUGCAAAUUAUCAGCGUGCGUCAGAGCGCGAAUUUCAAAAAACGAUGAACAAUUCAAAGUAAAGAGCCGAAUUAAAUUUUGUCUAUUAUGAGAUACCAAAGUCAAUAAAAUUACGUAGUAUUCAAAGAACAAGGUUUCUACAAACGAACUGCAGUAGUGGCUAGGUUAUCUUCACGGGCAAAGCUCCGUUGCACCCUAAAGGCCGAUUUAGACAGCUCGAUUUAGUCGUAUGCGACUUGCCUGCAACACCUCUUCCUCAACACUUGCCCGCAACAUCUCUUCCUCAACACUUGCCCGCAACAUCUCUUCCUCAAUACUUGCCCGCAACAUUCCUUCCUCAACACUUGCCCGCAACACCUCUUCCUCAACACUUGCCCGCAACAUCUCUUCCUCAACACUUGCCCGCAACAUCUCUUCCUCAACACUUGCCCGCAACAUCUCUUCCUCAACACUUGCCCGCAACAACUCUUCCUCAACACUUGCCCGCAACAUUCCUUCCUCAACACUUGCCCGCAACAUCCCUUCCUCAACACUUGCCCGCAACAUCUCUUCCUCAACACUUGCCCGCAACAUCUCUUCCUCAACACUUGCCCGCAACAACUCUUCCUCAACACUUGCCCGCAACACCUCUUCCUCAACACUUGCCCGCAACAUCUCUUCCUCAACACUUGCCCGCAACAUCUCUUCCUCAACACUUGCCCGCAACAUCUCUUCCUCAACACUUGCCCGCAACAUUCCUUCCUCAACACUUGCCCGCAACAUCUCUUCCUCAACACUUGCCCGCAACACCUCUUCCUCAACACUUGCCCGCAACACCUCUUCCUCAACACUUGCCCGCAACAUCUCUUCCUCAACACUUGCCCGCAACAUCUCUUCCUCAACACUUGCCCGCAACAUCUCUUCCUCAACACUUGCCCGCAACAUCUCUUCCUCAACACUUGCCCGCAACAUCUCUUCCUCAACACUUGCCCGCAACAUUCCUUCCUCAACACUUGCCCGCAACAUCUCUUCCUCAACACUUGCCCGCAACACCUCUUCCUCAACACUUGCCCGCAACAUCUCUUCCUCAACACUUGCCCGCAACAUCUCUUCCUCAACACUUGCCCGCAACAUCUCUUCCCCAACACUUGCCCGCAACAUCUCUUCCUCAACACUUGCCCGCAACAUCUCUUCCUCAACACUUGCCCGCAACACCUCUUCCUCAACACUUGCCCGCAACAUCUCUGUCUCAACACUUGCCCGCAACACCUCUUCCUCAACACUUGCCCGCAACACCUCUUCCUCAACACUUGCCCGCAACACCUCUUCCUCAACACUUGCCCGCAACAUCUCUUCCUCAACACUUGCCCGCAACAUCUCUUCCUCAACACUUGCCCGCAACAUCUCUUCCUCAACACUUGCCCGCAACAUCUCUUCCUCAACACUUGCCCGCAACAUUCCUUCCUCAACACUUGCCCGCAACAUCUCUUCCUCAACACUUGCCCGCAACACCUCUUCCUCAACACUUGCCCGCAACAUCUCUUCCUCAACACUUGCCCGCAACAUCUCUUCCUCAACACUUGCCCGCAACAUCUCUUCCCCAACACUUGCCCGCAACAUCUCUUCCUCAACACUUGCCCGCAACAUCUCUUCCUCAACACUUGCCCGCAACACCUCUUCCUCAACACUUGCCCGCAACAUCUCUGUCUCAACACUUGCCCGCAACAACUCGAGUCGUAUAGUUUCCGCUACGACGUUCGGCUACGAAACGCGUAGUGUGUAAUUCAGGGCUAUAGAGAAAAGAAACAGGCUGCCGAGGACCGCUCGGGGGUCCUGUGGUGAUAACCCAAGCGGAAAGGGGAUGAGAACCACAGAAAGCCCGCAUAGCUAUUUCGACUUCACUCUUUAUCGUUCAUGUUUAUAGAUAGUUUUAACGUUUAAAGACGCCUGCGGAGAAGGUUAAGCCCAUUAACAAUUUGUCAUUUUCCUCAGAUUCCUCCCGAAGUCAUAGUACGGGGCAGCUCUCGUCAUGUCAGGGGAGGAUCUAGCUUUUUGCCAAGGGGAGGGGGGUGACCCCAAAACUACCUUCGUAACGAUUUAUGAACAGACACAAUGAAGCAGACACAAACAGCCCCCCUCCCCCUCCGUAGAUCUUGUACUAGCGGGGGAUAUUUCAUGGUCUAUUCUCUGCGCUCUAUUUGCAAAUCACUUAUAACUCAUUUUAUGUGACAACACUAUUACUCAUCCUUGUCAAACUUCCUUCUUAUCCAUUGGAAAAGCUGCUGCACUAUAGUGUUACCAUGACUACGGCAGGCAAGGCGCGCUUCCGAAUGAAUUACAAGGGACGCCUGGUUGAUUUUUCUGCCACCGAGGCAAGGCAUUUGCAUUCGAACUUUCUAGGUUUGCUUUCAAAAAGUCUUUUUAGCCCAAAAGAUUAAUAAACUAUUAUGGCAGAAGCAAGU